AUCGCUUCCCAGGUCCUUCUCACCUGCCAGCCCACCUGGCGUCCGUUCCUUUCGACACACUCACACUCCCUCAACCACAUACAAUCAAAAAAACUCCAUUGCUUCCAUUGACUGGACCUUCGCCAACGAAGCACAACCGCCGCUCCUUAUCUGCACCGCUGCCAGGACUGCCGACCAACUCAUUACGCUCCCUUCAAUCUAUACCACGGCUGUACAGAGUACACCAUUCGCCACCCAUUUUUGAGACGGACCUCUGCACGUUACCUGCGAUUGGCACCUGAAUGUUCUGAUGAGUCCGGCAACCACGCCCAUCAAACCUUCUAGAGUCGAUUCCCGCUACCGCCACUUGCCCCAAGAUCUGCGCAUUCGAGCCAAUCCAUCUGAUGGUGAAGAGAUAGCAAGAGAGCAAAAGGACGAACAAUCGGUCAAAGCAAGAGAAGGACAUCCACAGUUGACCAGGGAGCAGAGUGCCGAAUCCAUCAUGGGUCGACCACAUCAUUUCUUCCAUCGCCGACAGGCCCCUCCAACGAACACGGUGACAGUAGCCGUCGAGGUGGUUGCUACCGUAAACGCUAACGGUGCUGUAAUCACACAAGAAACCCGGACGCUACCCCCGGCUGUAGCACUACCCUCCGUCCCAGCAGUACCUCCUUUCCCAAGCGAUCUCCACCCUCCACCGGUGCCUGCAUUUCCCUUCCCAUCAGGAGUCCUAUCCGUUCAUCCUAUAUCGCAAGCGACUUAUCCCGCCCCUGUACCAACUCCCGAAACCACCGCCGCUGUUCGAAAGUUUGCCUCAACCUUCGCUUUAAAUUCUACUACAUCUAGCACGUCGUUCAGUAGAACAUCCACAAGUAGCAGGACCACCUCUUUGACGUCUACAAGCUCGUCCCUGACUGCGUCAUCCACUUCGUCAUCUUCCAGCCAACCGACGACGUCCAUUCCAGCAACUUCGACAUCGGCCCCAGCAGCAUGGAUUCCCGGCCCUGCAGGGACGGCUCCCCCGACUGUGGAGAGUGAUAGCUCCGCUGGGAACAGUAACACUGGAAAGGCUCCGCUCGAAACCCCGAAAGUUGUUGGAAGCGUGAUCGGGAGUCUCGCUGGCACCGCUAUCCUUCUCCUUCUGCUCCUAUUCUUGUUCAAGAGACACAAGCGGAAGGGUACUCUUCAACUUUCUGGUGUUGAUACAGCCGAUAAUGUGCCCAUUGCAACUUCAGGGCAGGAGAUGGCAACACGCAGUAGUAUCGUCCCCGCUACCGCCGUCUCGUUUCUUAAACGCUUCUCAGUGGCGUCGCGAUUGACAGCCGAGACUAGUACCACAGGGGAGCGCGGAUUUCAGCGGAUUUCAGGUCGUAAACUGCCAUCAGCUUUCAGUGAGGGCAUGACUUCUGAACAAUUUGCUCGAGGAGAAGGAACCCUUUCGGGAUCCUCUUUCUACCGCGAUGAUAAGGGCUUCUAUGGCGGUCCAGGACUCGCCUCCAGCAAAGAGUUUGGUAAAGAGGUCGGCGGACCUGCGACGUACGGGACCAUCGGCACAAAGGAGAGGUUCAUGCCAAGUCCAGCCAGGACGCCUGUAAUCCACCACCCCGACGACGCUCCUCCGUGGGGUGCCAGUCGCAAUGGUGGUUCCACGUUCAGCCCACCACAUACCCCUAACCCGGAUGGUCCACCGAGGCCAACACUGGGACGCAGCCACCCUUCACACGAUGGCUCUCGGAGUUCCCGCUUUACGGAGAAUGUUUAACGAUCUACUGUAUGUGACCCGACUCACAUAUACCAUAACCCCAUAUAGAGGAAGGGGUGGACCUAGCGGUAUAUCCUUUACUGCUUCCUAUAC